CCUGAGGCUAUAAGGAAAAGAUACAAGUUUUUCCAGUCGCAGCAAUUUGCUUGUGCACAGUCGUGAGCAAUAAGGGAUAUACUGCUAUUACAAUAGCGACAAUUACAAUAUGCGACAAUUAGGAAUAUCCAGCUGCUCACUCUUUCCUGGAAAUGACUAGUUCAGUCUUUGCAACAAUAAUAAUAUUUAAGAAGUGGUCGUCAUAAUUCUGUGACAAUUCUCUUGCAUAACGGGUUAAAAUAUCACCAUUCUAAAAAUAGAUGCUAUCAUGUUCUGUAGUUAAAUAUUAUCCAUUGUUUUCUUUUAGCAGAUAUUUAAUGCUGGAAAGAUACUGAAUAUUGCGUUCUAGUGACCUCAGCACUCAUAAUCAUCUUCUGAAUACAAUGGGGGUAAAUAAAAAUGAAAACAUGAAAACUGUUCCAAAAAAAACUCAAAACUAUAUGUGACUUAGCAUUCAGAUGAAUAAAUGAAAUGUUUUCACCAAAAUAUGAACAAGUUUCUAAUGGACCCAAACUAAAAGGGCUUCAGGCAUGAAAACAAAUAUGAGGCGUAAACAAACACAUUUCGCAAUUUUUUGGUGCAAAUAUUUAAAGUUUAGGGUUAAACUAAACUUAAUUUAAAAAUUUUUAAGGCCAAUUAUAUUAUUAACAACUUAUAAAGUAAUAAAGCGAAACCAUUUGCUAUACAUACUAACAGAUUCAAACUUCUUUAUUUAUUCCCCCCAAUAUGUGCAUAUGAAAGAUCAAAUCUUGUUUUGUUGUUGGACUGCCCCCCUCCCCUCUCGGUUUCCUGGUUACCCAUCAAUGCUUACUCAAUGCUUAGUGAAAUGAUCAGCUAUUGCAUGGGGUUUGUGGUAGAUUUUCCACAGCUGAGAUUCCACUUCUGAAAAUCUGCUGCAGACAGCCUGCGGAGAGCCUACUCCAUUUAAACUCGCAGCGGGAAACCUGAUGCGAGUUUGAAACAAAAAUCCAUUUGUGUGAAUCCACCCUGAGCCUGGCAUAGCCAUGCCAUAUGUUUCGGGAAGGGAAAUUUCGUUUUCUCUGUCCACAGAAAAAUUAACCUGUUCAUUCUUUCUGCGGACUCCGCAAGGAAUGCGUAGCCAUCUAUGAGAUGGAGCAUUCCUGUGCGGUCCUAAUAUGCCAGCGCCCGCAGUCUCCGGAAUGUCGGCAUGGAACAUAAUCUAAGGAACAGAGAUUCCAGAGCAGCAGAAUCCCUUUGAAUUCAAUGGGAUUCUGCUGCACUGUGCACAUGGCAGAAUUUACAUGUCCAAUGUUUUCGUAAAGGAAACUACAUUUACUGUGUCCGCACAAAGAAUGAACACGUUCACUUGGAAUGCAUAGCCAUCUAUGAGAUGGCACAUUCUUGUAUGGUCCUACAGCUGGCAUAUUAUGCCUGCGCUCCGCAGUGUCUGGAAGUGUCCGGACAUUUAGUUGUGUGAACAUAGCCUAAAGGUGCAGAACUGUGAACAUAGCCUAAAGGUACAGAACUUUUCUAUGACAAAGAAAUAAAAAAGAAAGACAUUGGGGUUGGUUUCUCAAAAACUGUGCAGAGGAAAAGAGGAACAGUUGCCCAUAGCAACCAAUUUUUAAAAAGUAAUUUAAAAAGAAAUGAUAAAUUUCCCUAUUGUCCUGUAAAAGACUAAUAAACAAAUUGAUCAAUAAUAAACAAAAACAAAACAAGCAAACAAAUAAAAAACUAAAACUUUUUUUGCAAAAUAAUUAUGUUUAAAUUGCAAGCCUACGGGAGCAGGUGUGAUGGCUGCCACGCUCCCUCCAAUAGACUUGCAUUGAGAGGGGUGGGUGUGACAUCACGAGGAUGUGGAGUUGUGAUGUCACAAUACUCAGGCCCCUGUAUCAUGAGUCAUCAGACAUGAAGCGAUCUUCACUCCGUGAGGCUGAUGACAAUAUUUCCUUCAGUUCCGUGGAAAUUCCCGCUUCACUUUCACCACACAAUACCCAGGUGAGCAUACAAGAAACCAUCCUAAUAACUACAUAAUGAAGACUGACACUGACAAGAUGAGAGACUUCUAUGAUGCCAAUGGCUUUAUCACAGCAAUUGAUGUAUUAAAUGAGAAGGAACUGGACCAAGCUCAGAAGGAGCAUGCAAAGCUGGAAGAGAAGUUUGGCAAAGAGUAUGCUCAGUACAAUCUACACAACGUGCACAUGCAGUAUGAAUGGGUGAUGAAUCUUGCUGCCCAUCCCAAUCUACUAAAAGCAAUCAAAGCUAUAUUGGGCCCCAAUGUCAUUCUUCUGGACUCAAGAUUUAUCUGUAAAUAUCCCUUCUCUGAGGUCCCACACAAAGAAAACACUGCCCCCUAUGUUGCCUGGCAUCAGGAUAUCAAAUACUGGGGAUUUGAGGGAGGUCCAGUGGCUUCGGUAUGGCUGGCAUUUGAUGAUGUUGAUUCAGAAAAUGGGGUCCUACAAGUCAUUCCAGGGAGUCAUAAACAAGGUAUUCUGGAGCACAGAAAUGCAGAGAUCCCAGGAAACAUGUUGACAGCAAACCAGGAGAUUCCAACACACCUGGUAAAUGUAGAAGAAUUGGUUGAGUGCCCACUCAAAGCUGGUCAAAUUUCUGUGCAUGAUGGUCUGACUGUUCAUGCAAGUGAACCCAACAUGUCUGACAGAAGAAGAUGUGGAUUUGUCAUCCGUUAUGUUCCUACAACAGCUUAUCCUGUAAAGGACCCAGAACGUCCUAGGACUUUUCCAGCAACUGUACUGGUGGCUGGAACAGACGCAUAUAAGCACUUUCAAGACAACGCUCCGUCUUACUUCACCAGGACUUUUUAAUUGCUUAAAAAAGUUUAAGUUUAGGUACUUUGGUGAGUAGCUAUGUCACACUUAGGGUGCAUUCACACCACGUUUUUGCAAUACAGUUCCCUUAUACGUUUUCAAUGUGAAAACCGUACGGAACCGCAUUGAAAACCGUAUGCAUUGACUCUCCAUUGAAAACCGUAUGCCAAAAGAUGCAUCAGGUUGUGUCCAUUUUGCAUCCUGUAUGGUUUUGUCAGUUUUUUUCCCGUACCCAAAACCAUAGUCUACUAUGGUUUUUGGUCCGGGUGAAAAACUGUAUUAAACCGUAUACGUUUUUUUCUAACAUGGGAGUCAAUGGGAACCGUAAAGAACCGAAUGUGUAUACGGUUCCAUACGGUUUUCACCAUUCAUUUUUUGACUUUGCACAGUUUUUUUUUUCAUGUAAUUUCAAUCAAACAAGUGAAACUUUAUUCAAAAUGGAGUGAAAAGUUAAAAACGCACACAUUUUUUUUCUUCUUAAAAAACGGAUGCAACCGGACAUCAUUUUUCAAACCGUAUAAGGUUUUUAACUGUAAAUUUGUACACACGUUUUGAUACAGUUUAGUCAGGUUUUGAGGAAUACGUUUUUCAUCAAAAACCUAAUACGGGAACUGUAUUGCAAAAACGUGGUGUGAAUGCACCCUUACACAGUCUUUUA